AUGCUUGCUUCACUUGGUUCUCUGCUCGCGAUAGCAGCGAUUGCUAGAGCUAGUCCUUUGCUUCCCAGGGCAGUCGAUUCGCUUAAUGAAGAGGCUACGGCGGAAGCUCAGCAGCGAGACGGAAGUGCUACACGUGCAUUUUCCGAUGUCCCAAUCAAGACGUCAGAUGGAAGAUGUCUUUUCGUUGACAAGCUGUCCGGCGACUUUCGGGCAAACUUGACCCCUAUUCAGGUUGCCGACUGCGGUUCUACUGAUGGCCAGGGGUGGGAUGUUAUCACGAGUGGCAAGCAUAUUUCCGGAGACGGUGGUAUGCUGGUGGUGAGCACGUUGACACAAGCCUGCUUCAACUAUGAUCCCCGCCGGGCGGCUGGGAAUCAAGUCAUUCUUUUUUCAUGCGGUGGUCGAGCUGAUGGUGGCGGCGAGGUCACUGACUCCCAGAUAUUUACCUUUGACGGUUCAUCUGGACCCCUUCCUUUUCAGCCCCAGAACGAAGACAGUAGUUGCUUCACGGUCUCGGGCAAUAAUAUAGACGUUGCGCCAUGCGACUCGGGUGACUCCAGUCAAUCAUUUACUUUUGGAGACGGCGGCGAUAACGGAAACAACAACGGAGGAAAUACUGACACGGGAGGGGAUACCAACACUGGAGGAAAUACCGACGCGCAAGAGAGCACCGCUUCACAACAGCCGACAACCUUUGCCACUCAGGUCACUGCGACAGCUGAUGCCACAGCCACGACAUCCGUGACUUCUUCACCGGACAGCGGAUCAGGACCGGGAUCAGGAGGCAGUUCCGGAAACGGCAACAUCCCUGAUUUCAACCCAACCGAACCUGUUCCGGUGUCGCGGGCAGGCGGUACUUUGCAGCCCACGGCGGUUGCAGAGUCCCAUCAGCGAGAUGAUACCGCUACCCGCGCUUUCAGCGAUGUCUCGAUCCGAGCUCCUGAUGGACGGUGUCUCUUCAUUGAUCCGACAGCUGGCGACUUCCGCGAGAAUCUGAUUCCCGUCCAACUGGUGGAGUGUACUGGAUCGGCCAACGAGAAGUGGGAUGUUCUCACCUCGGGAAAGCAUAACCAGCAAGACGCCAAUGGGACACCAGCUGCUUUGAUUGUUAGCACUUUGACCCAGGGUUGCCUCAACUUUGACGGCCGCCGAGCGACGGGUGACACAGUCAUGCUCUUCUCAUGUGGUGGACGGGCUGCUGGUGAGGGUGAAACCAGCACCGGACAACAAUUCCCGUUCAGCGGAUCUACUAGCUUUGCUCUUGCACCGCUAAGUGAAAAGGGCUCAACCUGCCUGGUUGUUGGCGAGGAGAGAGUGGACUCGGGAGCAUGCCCCGAUGAUGGAAGCCAACUGUUCUCCAUCUAUCCCUAG